AGAUGAAUUCAAAGGGUCUUGAACUCUGGGAGUCCUGCAAGAACACUUUGCCUUUCCAGAUGACUUUAUUAAGCGAUUUAAGUCACUGCAGGGAUGCAAACGCAGACCUCCAAGCUCAUGAUGGAGUCAGACACAAUAUUCAUUCCGUUUCCACUGCAGCAUGACCUAAUAUUCCAUACUGGACAUUAUUUCUGUUAAGGUGCAAGACCUAAGUCUAAGAAAAGUCAGACCUUACUGUCCUAAUCCUAUAUCUAUUCAAUCCAGAGAAUUGUCUAAGUUUCCUCCACAACUCUUUCGCUCUCUGUGUUUAUGUAGGGCAUCCGUGUUUACAGUAUGGUUUCAGCAUAAUCAGAAUUCUCCCUCAGGUAGUCUAGAGUUUGAAAGCAAUGGCUGGGAUGUUCACAGGACCGCUGAGAACAAGACAAUGUAAAAAUCUAAAAAUGUGUGAUGCCACGCUGGUUUCAUUUGCUAUUCGUCUCACGGCUGUUUCGGUGUGUCGUUCUGACACAGCUUCCAUUCUCUAUGCUGAUGCUCAAUCCCCCUCCGGCUGAUACCUGAGACGUGACAGUUACCAGGGACUUAAGUUCUUAAACCUUUAGUUUUUUUUUUCUCCACCUCCUCCCUUGCUUUUCUCUCCUCCAGAACGUCCUCGGGGGAUCUAAACCCGCCGCGUUUGUUUUCACUUAAAAGAAAACGUGAACGUAAAGCAAUUAUUUAUUUAAUAAAUACACAGCCUAUAUAAAGAAUUCAUUGAUAUUCUGUGCGUCUCUCAAGGUUAUGCAUUCAGAUGGCGUUGUAUCACCUUGUUUAUCCUGAAGUUUAUGUAUCAGAGCUGGAAUUCCAGAGUUAUUAAUAGCCGGCGGUGACAUCAUUCAUUGACCCAAUCUCCGCAAUGUCCCUUCACACCUAACCUGCAAAACGCAUGGCUGCCUUCCCGGCUGCCUGUCAGUUGUCUUGGUAACAGCCACCAGUGGUGCAGAAAUGACCACAAGACAAAAGACGAAAAUCACAUUUAUAGCACGUAUUAGCAAUCAGCUAGCUAGUGGCAUCAGAAUUCAGAACAAAACAGAAAAUGUGCGAAGCGCUGGUGAUGUGCCGCGUAAAUGUCUGAGUCUGAACAUCACAGCUGUUGAAGAGCAUCUGCAGGCUAUUAAGUGUAAUAUAGUGUCGUCAGUCUUGACAGGUAACAGCACUUACGCGUCCAAACUGAAUUUCAAAUGAACUGCUGCGUUUUUCUGCUAUUUAUGGCUCGCACUCAGCAUGAGAGUGACGUCUCAAAGCCCUGUGUUUGCUGCGGCAGAGAUGUGUCUGGUGUCAAACAGAAGGCCCUCUGACCGGCGUUUUGAGACUGCUAGCCUGCGGAAACUGAUGAUAGCAUCUUUGUGGGGGCUUUUAAGUUGUUUAUCGGUAAUGUAGGAGAGUGACAUUUCAGAGUCGUGUUGCCGUUGGCUGCUGGGCCUAAUGUUGCGCACAGAGGUUUUAUGUUUAUAAUUCAGCCUUCUUUUAAUGAUUACAUUUCUUCCAUUAGUAUCGUAACUAAAUGGAACUGAUAACCAGUUUCUGAAUGCAUUGUUUGCUACUCUAUCCCACAAUGCAAAGUCCUGGACUUGACCUCAUUUGCAGAAUGAUUAAUGAUGCGAAGAAGUGACACUCCAAAAAAAAAUGCUAAGCUAUAAACAUUGUGUAUGCUUACGGUUCAUUAAGGGCCUUUUCUUUGAGUGCCUAAAUUAUGGAAUGAUUUACCUGCGUAUAUUAGGAAUGCUGUUUCCUUGGAUUGUUUUAAGAAACUCUUCAAGAUUAAAUUGUGAUUUAUCAAUUAAAAUUUUGCUUAUUUAUUGGUUUUAUUUUUAUUUUUUAGGAGUUUUCACCUUUAUUCGGAAAGGACAGUAGAGGUUGCAGACAGGAAAGUAAUGGGAAUAGAGAGAGGGGAAGGGUCGGGAAAGGACCUCAUGCCAUCAAUCGAUCUUGGGUCGCCGAAGCACCACGGUGCUCAUACCUGUCAACACUAACGUUUUUCCCAUAUUUCAGACCCAUCUCCCAUUUUGUUGUCUCCCGCAAAACUCCCAGAAUUUUUUUUGGUAUAGUCCCCGGAUUGCCGUAAUUGGUAGUACAGACCAGGGACCCCACUCUUCAGUUUGCAACCCCCUCCACCCCUUCUGCUGUUCAGUUCGCUACUCUACCUCCCUCCUCCUUGCGAAACCCCCACCCCAACCCCAACCAAACCCCGAUAUUCAUUUCGCGAAUCCCCACCUCCCCCCAGAUUUUCACAGACAUGUUGGCAGGUAUGAUGGUGCUAUAUGUCGGCGCACUUAACCAAACGGUUUUAUUGAUAACUGCUGUGUAAGUUAUUACUUGGAUUAUUUUGGACGUAUUUUUUGAAAUCUCGACAUUCUUGAGUUGUUUGUAUGCAUUGUAGUGCUUUGGGACUAAGAAAAGCACAUCAUACAUUUUUUAAAAUUAUUAUUAGACUGCAAUAUAUUGUAUCAGUCAAGAGUCAGAACUGCAUAUUUUCACAUCCAUAUUUGGUUUGAUAUGAAUCAGAGACUGUGCCAAGGGUAAAAUCUUUGACCUUUGUCAGGGUAGACAGUCAGUUUAUGUGGAAAUGAGAAAAGAACCGAAAACCGAAAGAAGAUGGGGAAUAACAAUGGUUGUAGUAAGUAUUAUGACCUUUCAAUCUCAAAUACAGGGGAACAUAGAUGUUACCUCAGGAUUGUAACCACGCAACAAUAAAUUCUUCAAAACGUGUGAAAUAUACGCACUGACCUUCAGGAUAAUGGCAUUUUGAAUAGAGGAUUCUAGAGAUCAUCAGAAACAUGCUGUUAAAAUGCCCCCUAAUGCAGAAUUAAAAACUUGAGCAUUUGCACUUUUUGAGGGCUCCUGCAUACCAGAUGAACCAGAAAUAAACCAAAGACAUGAAUAAGUAUUUUCAUGCUGCAGUGUGCCAGGUUAUUAAUUUUAAAAGUCACAUCCUCAUGCGUUUUUCUUUUUUUUUUAGGGACUAGCCCUGCUUGUGCUGCCCCAUAAAGCACUAAGAGAGGGGGGAGUCUGCCUCCCCCUGGCAUCCUGCUAUAAAAUCACGAGUGUAAUUGUAGCGUACUCAGGCAGAACAGGAGUAAUCAGAUCAGUCCCGAGGCUGAGAACAUAUAUAUAUGGAGGGGCACAGCAUCAGCACCGGAUUAAACCCCCCAUCAAGUCCCCGCUUGCUGAUUGAGGUAAAGACGAGUUUCCUGAAAGUAGGUAAACGAGAUCAAGAGAGGGAGAGAGGAAAAGCCGUAAGAGGGAGUGGGAGGAAGAAUGAACCAGAAAGGGAGGCAGCGCAGUGCGAGUAAGCAAGCGAAAGACAGAGAGAGAGAGAGAAAGAGAGAGAGGGGACGGGGAGGGAGUCGAAGGCAGGAAGCGAGCAACAGCCAGUGGAGAAUAGAAAUACAGGGAGUUUAAGGGAGCGGGUGGAAAACCGAGGCCCGUCGCCAAACAAGAGGACACCAGGAGAGAAGAGAGGUGUGGGGGAAAGAAGGGUAAGAGUCCAGAGAAAGAAAACACACCGGGAUCACAUCAGCAGGAGGAAGCAAGAUACCAGAAGGUGGGGGUCGAAGUGAAGAAGCAUGCAAGAGAAAGUUUGAACGCAGAACAGAUGAGAAAAACAUCUCCCGGUAAUGACAAGGCCGGGCCACUUGAAGAAGGGACACCUACUCUCGAGAGUCCCCUUCUUGGGCCGCAGAAUGUUCUCCGAGACAAAAGGGAUUGUGGAGCAAUCCAUCAAAUCAUCCCAACUACAUAACGGAUUACAAAAACCUGAAGCUGACCUCCUUGCCUAUUUUGGGAGUGGGGAUCAUGUAAGGAACACCUGUGGACCAAAGCAGGAGAAUUCCCCCCUUAAUGGAUACGCAUCCAAGGAACACGUAGACAUUCAGGGGGGUCAUGCGCAGCUUGCUGUAACUGGACAGAUUUGUCAGACAAAUUUAACCAGAGUGCGGUGGAGCCGGCCUCCUGGGAAGGGGCUGCAACAUAACAGCGUCUCUGUGAACUACAGCUUGAGAGAAUGCAGCUUUGUGGUCCACCGGCACCAAACCGAGACACACCCCUUCUUGAGGAAGUGUGCUCUGGACGCGCCAACACAGUUCAGAGGUCAUGGAAACUGUGGCGUGCCUGUUUGUGGGGCAGACCAACAAUCAGCCUCUGUGCAAGGGGCUCUGCUUACGCAGCAACAUGCAUCAGACUGGAUGGACACAAGUGACACUCACAUUUCGACCUUUAGUGAGGAUUCAGAACUUUGCACUUUUAAUGGACAGGGAACUUUAAGUAGAUGCCUGGGACGUGUAGUAAUGCAAGACUUGAACGGAUCUAGUCUGGUGCAGGAAGUUAUGCUGUCUACCAAAGAUGUCAAUCAUACUAACCACCGUAAGUGUCAAGCAGGGGAUUUCAGCAGACAAGAAGGAGCGAGUUUGAGCUCAAAACAUUCAGAAAGAACCAUUCGGGACCAGAUCCAAAGAGUUGUUGUGAAUCUUGAGGAAGUUCUACAUGGGCUGAAAGAGAUACAUCUGGAAAUGAAGGAGGUAGUCCAGAAAAUAGACCUGUUGACAUCUGACAUUGAUAUAGGACAAGAGGAACCUGGGGAUACUUUCAGAAGGAGCCCCUCAGGAAGGAUGGACAUCAAAGUGGCGUCCUCUCAAGGAGUCCACGAUGAACCAGCCCUCAAAAAACCAACUCCAUCUAGGGCACCACCAGCAUAUCCCGUCAGAGAUCAAGGGCUGCGUGAGGUCGACCCGAAAUUGGACUCAACUCAGGAGAUGCUCCCUUCUCAAACAUCAGGAAUCAAUUCAAAGCGCAGGAGCCAAAAGCCUCCUCCGUACCCCUAUGCCAGCACGGGAAGAGUGAAUCCAAAAGCUAAAGAUAAAAGUCAGAAGACGCCCCCCUACCCCUUUAGACGAAGACUGCUCUCGACAAUUGUUUGAGGAGACAUCAGGGUAAAAAAAAAGUGGAGUAUUUACGUGGCAUACUCUGUUAGAGGCACCGAUCUGGUAAGUUUGUUCUUCAUCUGAUCCAAUAAACCAGCAGAAAUUUAUUGUCCGGAAAGUCUCUCAGGUCACUGUUGAACCGUGUAAUACCUUUACUCUUUAGGUCUAUAAAGAGGACAUGACAAAAACGUCAUGUACUAAUAAAUCUACAGAGUGGCAUGGUUGACUGGGGACCACUUCUUAGAUGUACUGUACGUCAAGGUAGCGGGAGAUUAUUUCUAGCCUUAGAUGACAUCUGGAGUGGGAAGCAAUCACAAUUCCAAUUCCCCUGAUCUCCCAGCAUGCCCCAUCUGCUAAAGGAUUAUUUUUUUAUUGCUUUCCUAACUCUAGUUUAAGUCUUGCCUCACCAAUAUGAUGUUCUCAGAUACACAUCCUAUUUUAGUUUACACAAUGCGAUAACGCAUGGCAUUCAAACGGAAGCAUUUUUCAACAGGUACUGAAAGAAACUAGGCACUUUUACAGAAUAAUGUCUCCCUCAAGUGUGCUGCAAGGCUCAUUUCAAGCUGUAGUACCGCACAAAACAUUCUCUGGCAUGCUUUGCAUUUAGUUUUUAAAGUAUAGAAUCUAUAAAAUCAAAUAAAAACAUCAUGCUUUUGGUUCUCAAGACAUUAAUUUCUUUAAUAGCUUGUGAAUUGCAUUGCAGGCUCUUUUAUUCACAGUUGGGAUACCGACAAGCCUUUCAAAGAGCUGACUGGACAAAUCUUGAACAGAAUCAGCAAAUUUGUAGCUUGUUUUAAUUUUAUGCAGCAGAAUUACACACAUUUUGCACCCUUAAGAGUGCAAAAAAAACAGCCCUCAGAGGUUGUUGCUUUCAAACAGACACAAUUCACUUACUUUACGCAAAAAUAUUAGGUAUACAAAGUCAGCAAAUAGUAAGGCCAGAAGUCAAAUUGUUCUGAUAACAGAUUUAUUCAAAUUCCGAUACAUCGGUUAUCAGAAUAAAGCAUGACUGGGAGACAAAAGGAACUGUAGUAACCAUCUUGAUGUUUUUUCCUCCACCACAGAAAUACUCAAAGGAUUCUGACACACCCCAAAGAUUUAGUGGGAAUUGUCUACAAGCGUGCCUUUACACCAGCCUAAGAAACAACAUCCCUCUGUCCACCCACGGCCGUCUGGGACUGAGAAGAAAAGAAAUAGAGAGGAUGAGCGACACAAGACAUUAACAGAGAAAGCCUGGAGGAGUGGGCUGAAUAACAAAGAGAUCCUGACUAAGAAUAACAAAAGGAGACAUGAGCGAACGGCGCGCGCGUUUCAUACGUGCUUUUGAACUUUUUCUUAUUUACACCGGGGGACAAGGCCACCAGGACGUCACCGUCACCAUCCUGCAACCGAGAAAUUCAAUGCAAUCUGAAGAUGAAGACGUUUUCAUAAAGUACUGAUAUGCAACACCUGUACAAAAAAUAAAAGGAGCUGACGGCUUUUGAUCCGAGAGCGACGAGCGUUAGGAAUCUGAAUUAAGGAUUUGAUCUGCGGCAAAUGUCAAUGUCACGACUGACGGUAAAUUUUAAAGAAGCUCU